CAACGAUAGAAAGGAAACGAACCCAAGGGUAUGAAGGAAGCGGCCGUGAUUUCAGUCGCUUACAGACAGUCACAUGUUUACGUUGUAUUGCUCAUAUGACUAUCGCGUUCAAAAAUGACAGCUGGAUCCAGCCAGCAGAAUGCAGCAGGGGUCUUAUUAAUCAUUCAUUUAUGUUUCUAUGGGGGUUAUCAACUGACUGAGUUACAGGUAUGCCACCUCUGCAACGGAACAGUGCAGAACGGCACCGCUCUGGGCCAGUUCUGUUCCGCGGCUGCGGGUUUGAUUGACGGACGCUGCUGCCUACUGCGAAAACAAAACCCAAGCAAUGCUGACUACGUCAUUGGGUUGGACCUAUCAAACUGUUCUCUAAGCCAUGUCGAGGACCUUCAAGAGGCAUCAACAGCUGCAAUGAUAGAUCUCUCACUGAACCCCAUAGUUAACCUGAACAAUUCACUGUUUCAAGGCUUCAUCCAGCUGGGUUACCUGGCUCUGCCUGCCAACCUGGCCUGUCCAGGAGGCAAUGCAUCGUGGGAUAAGGUGGAGGUCAAAGGGGACACAUGUCAUUGUGAAGGACAGAAGGACAUCUGCAACCUGACUGGACACCUGUCGUUGAACUGCCCGGAGAACUCCCUCUGUUCAGCAUACGGUCCAGGCUUCUUUGAGUGUAGCUGUGUGGACGACUUCCAUGGAUACAAGUGUCUUCGAGAGGGGAAGUUCCCUAUAAUCCAGGUGUUCGGGCUUCUAGGGGCCUCCACAGUCCUGGUCUCCAUCCUGCUAUGGGUCACCCAGAGACGCAAGGUCAAAUCUGUCUGAGGUUGUACCCACUCCCCUGGUCUGAGGCCUGGUCCUGGGCCUCUAUGGUUGGAAGACACUGAUGUUUUCCAGUGAUGCCGACAUGAAGAGACAGGGAAAAUCUGAUGCGAACAGUUUUUUAAAACGGACUUCUAUGGAGACAGUUGGAUCAUGCUCUGGACCUUUAUUGUUUUAAUCAUCCGUUUUGAUGGGGUUGUUAAAUCUUUGAUUUAUCGCCACGGAUGUUAGAAGUGUUGUACCUUGCAGGCGUUUCCCUAGAUCAACAUCUAAGAGAUAGUGGUGUUGUAAGACAAUAUAUAACCUCACACUAAUAGCCUAUGUGCCAAAUCAUGUUUAUAAAAAAAAAGUUUAGUAAGAUGCUAGGGGCCAGUUUCCCGCACACAGACUAAGCAUAGCCCUGGACUAAAUAAUGUAUUUCAAUAGAGAUUCUCCAUUGGGCGUGUUUUUAGUCCAGAACUGCGCUUAAUCUGUGUCUAUUAUAUUAUAUUAUUAUACUGACAAUAUAGAUAUGAUAUACUGACAAUAUAUACUGACCAAAAAUAUAAACGCAACAUGUAAAGUGUUGGUCCCAUGUUUCAUGAGCUGAAAUAAAAGAUCCCUGAAA